GAAGCUGAAGCGUUCAGUCCAGGUUUAGCCAGCUUGUUUUGAGGCGUGACAUCUGAGAAAUAUUGAGUGCUGCCUCUCAGUUACCAGCCAUGGCUUCUGGACCCACUUUGUGGGUUUCCUAUAUUGCUUUAUGGCUGGGUGCUGAAGUUGCUCUCUCAAUUGGAGUUUAUAGAUACACUGCAGAUAACCAGAACCUUAACAAUGGAGAUUCUAAACCUGUGGAAUUCGAUGAGGGUGCGCUGACAAACAACCUAGCUGGCUUGCUUCCCCCAAACUACAUCCAAACUUCAGUGAAACAGCCACCAAGUUUGAUCCCAGCCGGCCAAUCACCAGCUAACACUGGAAAUGAUAAUAGCAUAGAGCAAAUUGUUAAUGGUGCAGCAAGAGAGUGGGAUUCAAACCUCUUCGAACCGAUCACAUUUCCCCUGCAACAAAAUACCUGGACUAAGUCAACCCCUCCUAUUUUUACAAGCGCAACGUUUGUCUCUCCGAGCCUUGCUGAAGGCAGUUUUGAAAAUCAAAUCUUAGCCGCUAAGCCCGUUGAAGCCCCCCCUUCUGUGGCUGCCUCAUCUCCUAGKUUUCAGUCUCUGCAACCUGCAAGUCCCGUGGCUGCUGGAGGUUCCCUGAACCAGCAGCGCUACACUACUUCCAGURCAGGAGCUGACUUGAGUAAACCUGUUCUUGGAAGGCCUUCAGGUAAUUCUGAAGAGCCUCUGUCUUCAGGCUUUAACAUUUUAGGAUACAGCAGCACCCCAACUAAAAAUGGCCUCAAACUGGAGCAAGUGUCCAAAUAUCCCAGUGUUUCUAAACCUCAGCGCCCUGCAGCCUUGAACACUGACUGGUUCGACUGGGGUAACUACGUCACUGAUGGUUCAGAUGGCUAUGGUUUUCCUUCCCGGAAACCCUCAUUUCAAGGUCCAGCAGGUGGUCUGCCUUACUACAGAGACUGGGACUGGAUGGGCUACCCUUUCUCUGGCUUUGGAGAAGAUGACCUGUACUUUGGUCAAACGGCUCUGCAGCCUCAAAACUUUGUGAGAAACACUGGUCAAUACUGGAUUCCUCAAAUGAGCUUUGCUCGGAGAUCUAAGCCAGCCAGACCUCGCAAAAACUUCGUCGUCCGCUCUAAAAGUGGCUACCAACGAAAGCGAUUUCUGCAGUCCAAAACCACUUAUGUUCCAGGAUUUAAGAUGCCACAAAAGUAUGCUCCAGUAUAUGAAACUUCAUGGAGGUACAGCAAAAGUCCAACCCCUUUCAGAGGCCCUGCACAGAACUUUAUCAGACUUGUGUAAGAUUAAUUUUCCUCAAGGAAAAUGUAGGCAAGACCUCCAAGAAUGACCUGCAUCCAAGAUGACCAUGCAAACUUUUAAAAAUUUAGAAACCUUUAAUAAAAA